AUGGCCCCUCUCGCUGCUUUCACUACCAUCUUCAGCGCUGCUCUGUCUGCCCAUGCUUGGGGCAACCUCGGGCACGAGACGAUCGGCUUCGUCGCCGAACAGUUCCUCGCGCCCAAAGCAGCAACGUUCGUGCACUCCACCCUCAACGCGACGUGGAACUUCUCGCUGGGCCCCGCAGCGAUCUGGGCAGAUCAAGUUAAGGGCGAGCAGGCGUUCAAGUGGUCCGCGGACCUGCAUUUCGUCGAUGCCCAAGACUCGCCGUUAACGGGCCAGUGCUCGGUCGAGGAGGAACGCGACUGCGCGGAUCAGAUAUGCAUCUUGGCGGCGAUCGCGAACUAUACCGCGCGCGUCGUCAACCCAAGCCUCGCUGCUGAGCAGACUCUGGAGGCGCUCUUGUUCAUUGUCCAGUUCGUCGGCGACAUCGGACAGCCUUUGCACGUCGAGGCCCUCGAAGAGGGAGGGAACGGGAUCAGCGCUGUAUGCUCAGGCGAGUCCUCGGACAACCUCCACGCCGCUUGGGAUACGGGCAUGGUCACAAAGCAUAUCGACCAGAUGCACGGCGGCACCCCUCAACAGUACGCGAACGACCUCGUCGCUGAGAUCAAGAAUGGCUCGUUCGCGUCCCUCGCGGCGUCCUGGCUCGCGUGCUCGUCGACGACGGAGCCGCUCAACUCGCGCUCGCUCGAGACUAGGCCGGGCGCUCAGCUCGAGCGGGACCUGACGGAGUUUCUUCGUAGCCAGGAGGGAGAGGGGAUCACACCACUCGAAUGCCCGAUCGAGUGGGCUCGGGAGAGCAACGCCUUUGAUUGUACGGUGGUAUUCAACUUCACUACUGGGGAGGACCUGUGCAGUGGGGUGUACUUCAAUGACGCGGUACCCGUGAUCGAUCUGCAGCUCGCGAAGCAAGGCUUCCGUCUUGCCGCGUGGCUCAACGUGCUGUUUGACGGAGCGACGAACCUCCCUUAAGUGGAUUGGUGUAGUACAAGUUGGGAGUCCACGAUACAUGCGAACCUCCUCUCACUUUGCGGUUCUACUUGUACCCUCGUUGCCCUAUCGCCGCGCGAACAGUGUGUGUGCGGUGCUGUCC